GGAAAAAAAAUGCAGUUUUGAGCUUUCCGGGAGAAUUUCCCGUCCAACUGGCAAGUGCCAAGUGCCAACUGGACUGUAAAGUUAGGCUAUGGGUAACUGCUUUGGAUUUGAGGCAGAUGAGCCUCCCCAGGAAGACCUAGAAGCAAGGAGAGAGAGACAGGCUGAAGCAGCAAUGAAAAGACAGAAAGAAAAUGAAAGUAAAGGUAUUAAGAAUCCUGAACUUUUGAGAGCUAAACAAGAGAGAAGAGAAGAAACAGAAAGAAGAGCAGAGGCCACUAACAGACAGCAGGGCUCUGGCGGUGGACUAAAGUGGACUGUCGGUUGAUUGUAAUGAAGAUAAAAUUAUAAUGAAAUACCAUGAUCGUUUAAUAA